AUGCAGGUUCGUAAGUAUUUGAUGUCUCCCUUUUGGCCAGCAAUGUUCUCAAUCCUGUUUGUCACAAGUCUUCUUGGCCAAGCCUGCUGUGGUCAAUGCGUGAGUAAUACAAAACCAAUUCUGAAUAUAAUUAUUCAAUAAUAAGCUUUUGUGCUUCACCAAUCUGUCUUUUCAGUUAGACUUAGGAGUUCUACUUUGAGACAAAGCUGAUGUAUUAAAGCAUUGCAGAAUGUACUUUAGUUAAUUAAUCUGCAACUUUAUUCAUAAUGUAAAGAUCUUCAGAAAUGUGUUGGUAAAAUUAAAAAUAUGUAUAUAUAAUAUGUAUUAUUAAUAUAGUAAAUAUAGAAAACAUAUUGCCCAUGUUAUUUUAGCCAUCAAAGACCUGUACUCGUAUUCCUCUGCGGUGGGUCAGGGGGUGGCACCCCAUUUGCUUCCUCCGGUGAGGGACGCAUCACAGCGGUCAGAGUGUGGGAGAACAACAAUGCCUACAUCAAUGGGUGAGCAGACCCUGACCCAUGAACAGACACCACUGACUCAGUCCAACUACACUACCCAACAGACACCACCGAAUCAGUCCAACUACACUACCCAACAGACACACUCUUAAUUUUUUUUCUUUCUUUCUUUCUUUCUUUCUUUCUUUCUUUCUUUCUUUCUUUCUUUCUUUCUUUCUUUCUUUCUUUCUUUCUUUCUUUCUUUCUUUCUUUCUUUCUGUAUUUAUUUAUUGUGUUUAUUACAUAUUCAGUACAUGACAAAACAAUAGUGUUAUCGUAUCUAACCCAGAGUACAAUGGAAAAUGUCAGUCCUUGAUAUUCUCUGACGCUACCUGCUCUCUCGGUCUGAAUGUGCCUUAUCAAAACACAACCAACGUGAAAAGCUUCCUCUGUUUUAGGUUCCAGCUGAGAUACAGCAACACCUGGUCUCCUGUAUUCGGUCGCGAAGUGGGUACAAAGCAGGAGAUGGAGCUUUUUAAGGAUGAGGCCAUCGUCGAGGUGUCUGGGAAGUACAACGCAGGAGACUACAUCUACACCUUGGUGUUCACAACCAACAUGGGGCGCACUCUGGCGGCCGGCCAGCCUAACCAAGUCUCCUUCAACUUCUACCCAGCCAACAUGGGCAAUGAGCUGAGGAUGCUCAGCGGUCGCUUCAACGGUGCCGGGAUCACUUCCAUCGGAGCCCACUGGGGAUUGGUGUACAUGGAAGAGGCUGGAAACAGUACCCCCUCUUAAUUGAAAAAAUGUUUAAGUAUGUCUUUCUCUUUGGGAUGGUUUCCCGGAUACAGAUUAAGCCUAGUGCUGGAUUAGUUACUUUCAAUGGAGAUUCUCCAUUCAGCAUGCUUUUUAGUCCAGGAGUAAACUUAAUCUGGGUCCAGGAAACUGACCCUAUAUGUUUUGGACGGAUGUUUGACAUAGACGCUGACAGGACUGUUUUAAUAUCACGAUCAUAUGGGUGCUUCAUGAGAAUAUAAACUGAAUGAAUUUGAAUGUUUAGAAUAUUUGGGGAGUAUUUCUGUACAGCUUCAAGUGAGGAGAUCCCGUUUGAGUGAGUGGGUCACGGACCACAUGCGUUGUUACUCAACAUUUGAGGUUGUAUUUAUCACAAUAAAUGAAAGAAUCAUAUGGGAUUUAAAGGAUUAAUUAUAUCUUUGAUUAAUUGAACAAUAAAAUAUUAUCGGGAGAUAAUUGCAUUUCAGGGUACUUCACCUUCACUAUUUUAUACACACUGUAUUUUUUUUGUGUGUUCCUUUUCUGCUACAUCUGCUUACGGACAUUUUAAUAAAAAGCAUAUAUUUAA